UAGGAGAGAAUAGAUGACAGAUACAGAGAAGAUAGCAGGGGGCGCACUCACAAACCCUAGAUCGGCUUCUCCUUGCUCCGUCGUUGGUCGUCGUCGGCGGCUAUGGCGGUGGAGGCGGCGCUGGCCUGGUACGAAGAGUUGCGAGAGAAGGACGAUAUGCAGGAGAAGAUCAGUAAUGAGAUCAACCAACUCUGGUUGGGUACGAGGAACAAGGAAUUCUCACAAGGCUUGAGCAAGGCGGAGCUCCGGAAGAAGCGGGCCGAGCUCGAGAAAAAGUGCGAUGCCUUGUCGCAGAGGUACUGGCAGGUCGUUUUUGAGAUGGGGUCGAAGCCGGAUUUCUCAGGCAUGACCGAGGCCGAGCGAGCGGAGACGGCGGAGAAGCUGAGGAGCGACGAGCUGCGGUAUGCGCGCCGCCUUACGGAAGAAGGCGACCCCAGGGCUUUGAGCAUUGAAGCCUUUGUUCCCAUCCUCGACUUCGAUCCUAAGCAAGGGGGUCGCUACUACAACCGCUACACCCUCGUCGACCUCACCACAUUCGACCUCGAUGAAGAGUCACCCAUUGGUCCGAUGCAAUUUACUGAUUCCCCCCACAAAGUAAUCGAGACCGACCACUUCAAACUGUCUGGGGCUGUAAACUUCUUGUCUGUCAAGGUAGCCUCUUCAGAUAUUGGCUUCCCAAUCCAUGUGUAUGGCACUGUCAUUGUCAGGGACAGCAUCGAUGAGAGGUGUGUUUAUCACUUCCGCUGCGACCCUGACCAUUGCCAACUCAUCAAUUCUGAGGCUGAAUCGUUGAUCUUGACUGGGCCGAAACGUGGGCUCGCAUUGUGUGGUUACAUGUAUGUGGAGAUUGAUCUAAAGAUCAAGGAUCAUCUAGGACAGUCCAGAGAAUUUAGUAAAGGACUCUUAAGCAUCAGUGACCCAACAAAUUGUGCAUCGAUGGUAUCUAUGGUCGAAACUAUAUCCCUUGCUACCAGGCUCAGUACUGUGGAUGUGACUUAUGCAGUUGUGAAUCGUGCAGCGGAGGGAUUUAUUGCAGUUAAAGUUCUGCAGGGAGGUUUCCAUGGAAAAAUCACCGCAUACACCACCAGCGUCAAGGACAUACUUGUGCUUUAUGACAGCAAAGAGGCUGAUGCUAUGACCUUUGAUGAUUGUGGAGAUAUCCUGCAGCUUAUGCGGCCUGUCGUAUCUGUCCACGUUGAGGAUUUCCUGAUAAUUGUUUUCCACACCAGUGACGGUAAAUCAGAGAGCAUACAAUUCGCUCCAAUGUUCAACGGCAGAGACGAAGGUCAAAUUACUGUUGGUGCUACCAAGAUGUGUGUGAAGCUUGCUUGGUCAGUAAUGAAACCUUGACUGUGCUGUUAAGCUUCGUUGGUAGGACCCUUGAUGCUUCACUAUUGUAGCUACGUCUGGUUCAGUGAUGCUGCAGUCAUCUUAGGUUAUGCAAAAUUAGUGGGACCUUAUAAGUAAGACAGUGUGUGUAACUACCCUAUUGUGCUUGGCUGUUAUAUUUGAACCAAUUUCUACCGUGUUGGGUUUGUUGACCACUAUAUAAAUCUAAUAUCUGGGGCUUGUUAUGCUGAACCACUAUCUAAUAUGUGGGGUUUGUUCGCUGAACGACUAACCUAUGGCUAUUUGGGUGAACUAAGCAUCAAGCAUUGUCUUUGUGUGGC